GGAAGCGGAAGCGGCGGCGGGAAGCGGAAGCGGCGCGGCGGGAAGCGGAAGCGCGGCGGCAGUUCCGGUGCGCGGCCAUGCGGACCCGGCGCGGUACGGGGCUGCGGCGGCCGCCCCGCUCUGCUCGGCAGCAGCAAGAGGAGGAGGAGGAGGAUGGCGGCGAGGAAGCACCGGGAGGCCAGGCGGGCCCCGAGGAGCUGGCCGAUGAGGUGGAGAACUUCCAUGAGACGCAGUUUCGGGCGGUGAUGGCGGCCCUGGAGAGCGGGGAGGAGGCUGGGGACAGCGGGGAGGAGGAGGAGGAGGAAGAAGUGCUGGGGCUGCAGCUGCCCGAGGACAGCGAGGAGGAAGAUGGAGACGCUGAGGAGGAUGAAGAGGAGGAGGUACAGGAGGUGAAUCUUUACCUGGACCACAGCGCGGAAGAGGCUGGAGGUGAGGAGGAGGAGGACGGAGAGGGUGAGGAGGAGGACGGAGAGGAUGAGGAGGAGGAGGAAGAUGAGGACGAGGACCCGUCCAUAGAAAGUGACUUGGAGGAGCGCCAUCAGGACCCCAAUCUCCCUCAUGAGCUCUCCUGGGGGAAACGCAAGCAGCUCUACUACGACACGGACUAUGGGGCUGAUGCCCAGGCCAAGGGCAAGCGCAGUCAGCAAGAGGUCGAUGCUGAGGAGCAGGAGGAGGAGCAGGAGGCACAAGUCAUCCAGAAGAGGUUGGUGCAGGACUUGGGGGAGGAUGAUUAUGGGCUGGAUGUUAUCCAGGGCUAUCUGCCUGAGCAGCAGAAAACUCCGGAUAGCAAGGGACAAAAGAUCGCCAAAGAUUUGCAGGCUCUUUCUAAGAAGGAGCAGCUGAAACUGCUGAAGCAGGAGUCCCCUGAGCUCCUGCAGCUGAUUGAGGACUUUGAAGUCAAGCUCAUGGAGCUGAAGGAUGAGCUGCAUCCGCUGCUGCAGAUGGUCAGAAGUGGGACCAUCCCCCAGGGCAAGGGCAGUCGCUAUUUGCAGACCAAGUAUCAGCUCUACUUGGAUUACUGUGCCAAUAUCAGUUUCUAUUUGGUUUUGAAGGCCAAGAGGAUGCCAGUUCAUAGUCACCCCGUGAUCGAGAGGUUGGUGGCUUACAGGAGCCUCAUCAAUGAGCUGGCAGUUGUGGACCAGAAGUUGUCCUCCCAAGUUAGGAUGCUUUUGAAAAGCUUCUAUGAUAAGAAGGAAGAUAAAUUACGGAGGGAAAAGAAGUUUGCUGUGUUUCUCCCACUGGACAACAAGAAAAGCACCUCAAAACGCCGUGGUGCACUUGCCAGUGGCUGGGAUGCUGGUGCCGAGCCAUCAGAUGAGUCGGAACCGGAUGAAGAGGCUGCGCUGAAGUACUAUAGGAUGAUGGAGGAGAAGCUGAAACGCAAGAGGAAGAGAACAGAGGACGCGCUUGAAGGAGGAGACCUGUCGGAAGGAGAAGAGGAUCCAAGUAAGAAGAGAGGCGUGACCUACCAGAUGAUCAAGAACAAAGGGCUGACUCCCAGGAGGAAGAAGAUCGACCGCAACCCGCGGGUGAAGCACCGGGAGAAGUUCCGGCGAGCCAAGAUCCGCCGCAGGGGGCAGGUGCGGGAGGUGCGCCGGGAGCUGCAGCGCUACGGCGGGGAGCCCUCCGGCAUCCGCGCCGGCGUCAAGAAGAGCAGGAAGCUGCAGUGAGACUGCUGCCUUGCACCUGGCUUCCACUGCUCCCCGUAGCACUGCUGUGUCCAAUAAAGAUCUCAUAAAAACGGUG